AUUCCCCGCCGGCACUCGGCGAUCGUUGAGUAUUACCGACGGGGGAGAGACCUGUGUAUAAACAAUACAGAUCUCUCCCCUCUCAGCUCCUGCACACUGCUUUGUAUGGCUCUGCAUAGCAGAGCCAUACAAAACAGUGUGCUUACAGUGAAACACACACGGCACACAUAGUAAAACAGCACACAGUUAACCCUUUGAUCGCCCCACAUGUUAAACCCCUUCCUGCCCAAUGCCAUUAGUACAGUGUUAGUGCUUUUUAUUAGCACUAAUCACUGUAUUGGUGUCACUGGGGAUGUCAGUGACACCAAGUCAGUUCCCCCCAGUGUCAGAAUGCAUGCCACAGUCCCGCUAAAUGUCGCUAA